UUCCAUGACUGGCUGUCCCUUAUUACACCUCUUGCCUGGCAAAAAGUUCUAAAGCUCACCCAUGCCUAAUAGCAAAAUGGUUAAUUAGCUUGAUUGCUUGUUUCCUUAAGGAAACCAUGCCUUUUCUGGGCCAGGACUGGCGAUCUCCAGGAUGGAGAUGGAUUAAAACAGAAGAUGGUUGGAAGCGAAGUGAGCCUUGCAGCUCAGAACUUGAGGAUGAAGACAAUCAGCUUAAUGAUGUCCAUCAUGCUAUCAUCUUGAACAAUGAUGAAGAAAUAUGCAGUACCGAGUGUGAAUUUGCAAGCAAGAAAAGGAAAAAGGAUCACUUUAGGAACACUACAAAAUCUCAGUGUUUCUAUCGUGAAAACUGGAUUUAUGUUCAUAAAGAAAGUACCCGAGAAAGGCAUGGCUAUUGCACUUUGGGAGAAGCUUUCAAUCGUUUGGAUUUUUCAAGUGCAAUUCAGGACAUCAGGAGGUUCAAUUAUGUGGUUAAACUUCUGCAGUUAAUAGCAAAAUCCCAGUUGACAUCCUUGAGUGGUGCAGCUCAGAAGAACUACUUCAACAUUUUGGACAAAAUUGUUCAAAAAGUUUUGGAAGACCAGUACAACCCACGCCUGAUUAAAGACCUUCUUCAGGACCUAAGUUCCACCCUCUGCAUAUUAAUCAGGAGUGUAGGGAAAUCGGUGCUGGUAGGAAACAUCAAUAUUUGGAUUUGCCGAUUGGAAACUAUCCUUGUGUGGCAGCAGCAGCUCAGUAAUCUUCAGAUGACCAAGCACAUCAACAAUGGACUUACACUUAGUGAUCUUCCUUUACAUAUGCUGAACAACAUCUUACAUAGAUUCUCAGAUGGAUGGGAUAUCAUUACUUUGGGACAAGUGACUCCAACAUUAUAUAUGCUCAGUGAAGAUAGGCAGUUAUGGAAAAAGCUCUGCCAAUACCAUUUUGCUGAAAAACAAUUUUGUAGGCAUCUUAUUCUGUCAGAAAAAGGUCAUAUUGACUGGAAGCUGAUGUAUUUUGCACUUCAGAAAUGUUAUCCCAUAAAGGAACAAUAUGGAGACACCUUACAAUUUUGUCGUCACUGCAGUAUUCUAUUCUGGAAGGAUACAGGUCAUCCCUGCACAGCCAAUGAUCCUACCGGUUGCUUCACACCAGUGUCUCCUCAGCACUUCAUAGACCUCUUCAAAUUUUAAGUGCAAUCCUUGGCAGGGGCUGGGGUGGUUUUUGUAAAGCUUUUGCAUAACCAUGCAGUAAGUGUAUGGUUUUCUUUUGUGUAUGUGCAGUUUUUUUUUCUGAUAUCUGUUGAGUUAAACCUGAAUGUAAUCAGGUCAAACAGAGCAUUGCUGGAACUUCCAUUAAAAUGUUCAAUUUCUA